AUGAACCACCUCCUCAUCAACAGAAGACCAAGGAGAAGAACACCUCCUCAUUCAACAGAUGACCAAGAGAAGAACCCACCUCCUCAUCAACAGAAGUCCAAGGAGAGGAACCUCCUCUUCAUCAACAGAAGACCCAAGGAGAUGAACCAACCUUCUCAUCAAAAGAAGGCCAAGGAGAAGAACCACCUCCUCAUCAACGAAGACCCAAGGAGAUGGUGGUGGUUUUCCGCAGACAGUCACUCUGCCCGCUCCAGCUCCAGUGAACAUCCAGGAAAGGACAUCGAGAGAGUGGUCUCGCUUACAAGUACCGUGGGUGUUCAUCUGGAACACAAACUGGACUGGAGUCAUAACACAGACGCCCCCUUCAAGAAAGGCUCAGAUGCCGCGGCUACCUGCUGA